AUGAACUCCAUUUCGAGAGCAAGGUUUAUUGGAGCUCUUAGUGGACCUUUUCAAGCGAUUUCCAACACUUCCAUGUGGAAAAUCGCCUAUGACAUACAAGCCAGGGGUAGUGGUCAUGUAGCCUUAAGACCUCGACGCAAUCAGCUCCAAAGUGCACGGCGCUAUGAGCUCAGCACCCGAGAUUGCCAAAGUCCUCGCCGAGAUGAAAGAAGUCCUUUCACUCGUCGUAUCGCCGCGAUACCUCUAAGGGAUCAAACGGUUCUCUGUCUUCAGUUCUACAACAAGGGUGACGAUCCUCGAGGCUGGCUAAGAAACUUCGAGAUCGUCAUGAAAAGGCAAAAAUAUGCCUCCCCUGAAGAACAAGACGCAAAUUACUGCCAAGUGUUCAUCGAAUAUAUGAACAAAGACGCGACGAGCUGGUUUUCAAAUCUUCCCGCCGAGACCAUCGACAGCUUCGACGAUCUCAGCACGGCAUUCAUGAAACAUUUUCGCAUGUUUAUAUCAAAAGGCAGCACCAAUCUUUUCACUAUGGCAUAG